AUGGCUUCGUCUGAUGGAAACAAAAACACGAACACGGAACCAUGGGGCGGCUUUGAGGACAACAUUAUCCAGGUAGCUAGCGAGCUAGCUAGGUAGCUAAAGCCAAUAAAAUACUUGCAAUGUAUAUACUAUUAUUUUCUUAGCUACAUCGCGGUAACGUUACAUAUUCUUUAGUGUUGCCAAACUAUAUUUUUCUGUGCAAUACAUAUCAUAAUACUGAGAUAGCUAACGUUAGUUAAAGUUUGUCCGACAAUGUUGUGCUAGAUAGCCAGCUAGCUAAUCAUAAACUAAGAAACAUUUUUUAUUUUCUUUGCUAGCUAACUUAAUUAUUCAUUUCACAGGUUGUGACUGUCGGAUGAAAACAUUAACAAUUUGCGCGUGAAACAAUUUCACAUACACGGAUGUACAGUAGUUAUAUGUAAUAAACUGUCUAUUACCAGGGCACUGGGUCAGCAGUGAUUGACAUGGAGAACAUGGAUGACACAUCAGGCUCCAGCUUUGAGGACAUGGGGGAGAUGCACCAGCGCAUGAAGGAGGAGGAGGAGGUGGCAGAGGAGGCAGAAGCAACUGAAGAGGAGACUGGAGAGGAUGGCGAGUUUCUGGGAAUGAAGGGUAUCAAGGGCCAGCUGGGGAGACAGGUGGCAGAUGAGGUGAGCUGAGAAAGCUUUGUGAUGCUGAUGGUCAACAACUUGUCACACACAACAUUACCUUUGUUAUAAAAAUUGGCUUUGCCCUAACCCAAUAUUGUAAGUUACAUCUCAAUAGCCUUGUCUGGGUAAUGUUGCUGGCAUAACUUUGACUUUCAUCACACCUUUGUCAGCUGAUUUAUAAUGAACGUUCCCUCAUCCUCUUAGGUGUGGCAAGCAGGAAAGCGGCAGGCUUCCAAAGCUUUCAACCUAUAUGCCAACAUAGACAUUCUCCGGCCGUACUUUGAUGUAGAGCCUAUGCAAGUUAGGAACAGGUGAGUCAGUAACAAAGGUGUUUUGUAAUCACGAUUUGUAGUCCUAACUUGUAUAGUCUAGCAUUCACAUUUUAUAACACUCUUCCUGACAUGUAUGCCUCUUUUCUACCCUAGGUUGAUUGAAUCAAUGAUACCCGUCCGCAUGAUCAAUUUUCCACAGGUGAGUGGCAUUUUUCUUUUCCCAUACUAUUUUCCCAGGCUUGGGAAAGAUUUAAAUCUAGAAGUUUUCAGCGCUUACCUGGCCAAUUAAAGGAAAUAUAAAUGUUUUCACUGCUCUUCUUUUCCAACUGUAGAAGAUUGCUGGGGAGCUGUACGGGCCCAUGAUGCUGGUGUUCACGCUGGUGGCCAUCCUCCUGCACGGAAUGAAGACAUCAGGAACAGUUAUU